AUGAAUGAAUUAAUUUACUUAUGUGAAGAUAAUAACAUAAAUGUUUAUUAUCAGGAUACUGAUAGUAUACAUAUUGAAAAAGAUAAAUUAGUUCAAUUGAGAGAAUCCUAUUAUAUCAAAUAUAAUAGAGAAUUGGUGGGAAAUGACAUAGGUCAAUUCCAUUCUGACUUCCCACCAGUGAAUGGAAAAGAAAGUUGGGCAAUUAAGUCUAUCUUUCUAGGUAAGAAGUCUUACCUUGAUGUCCUCACCAAUGAAGAUGGGGACAUUGAUUAUUUGAUAAGAAUGAAAGGAAUCCCUAAGGAUGUAAUCAUUGGCACAGCCAAUGAGAAGUUCAAAGGGGAUGUGAUUGCCUUAUAUGAAUAUUUAUAUGCAGGCAAUCCUAUACCUUUGAUUUAUCAAAGUAUGGUCCUCACUUUGUUAUAG